AUGUCUCAACUGAGACUCCUUGAGGACGCAUUUCGUGAGUUUCUCAACAUUGAGGAGAAGCAAGAGAUCCCCGCUGUGAUACAAAUUAGGGAAAUCUCCACUACUCUUAACAUAGUUGGUGAGGCAACAUGGAAAGCGUCCAUCCAGUGCGACGAAGGUCGUUUCGUCAGGAUGGUUGAAGUAAAGAAUCCAUUCAAUGCGAACGAUGAGGAGAAUCUUGAAUGGUAUCUUGAGGAGUUUGCGACUACAUCACCCCUUUCACGAUCGAGGGCUCAUGAGGUGUCUUCCAAUUUGAAGGAAUAUGCUGCCGGGUUGAUAAAGGGGUUUGCAUUGGAGGAAGUCGUCAACCACAUACGGGCGCAAAAUGCUGUGGGGGAGGAACCGGGAAUCACGUUCUUUCUUGAUGUGGAGACUUUGCCUUCGGAGUCGGCCAAGUCAUCUCUGCAUAUUAUACAUUGGGAAGUGCUCGAAAACCUUGAUCUUUGGCCACGGGAAAUAAAGGGACGGAUAGUGGUUCGCAGGAAGGUCGCGGAUUUGGAGUUGAAACAGUCUUCUCCCGUGGAUCUCGUUAACGGGGCUUUUAACAUACUGCUGGUAGUGGCGAGGAACCUAAGCAUAGGUGAGGAUGAGAUCGGCCAUACUCUUGUCGCAGCGGAACUAGUUAAAGUCCUAGUGGAUCUCCCGAUCGAAACACCCGUUGAUCUGGAGAUUGUGAGACCGGGCACAUGGGAGACGUUCAAAGCAAAGUUGGAAGCAAGGCCGAGGGGUUACUACCGAUUGGUUCAUUUUGACCUGCACGGAAGGGUGCGAGUGGAUAAGCUGGCAGGAGAGAAAGCGUCUUCUUUAUGUUUUGUCUCCGAUAAGGAUCCUACGGGGGUAACUUGGAAGUCUGCUUCUGACGUCGCUGACCUACUCUAUCUGCAUAAUGUGACCUCCGUCAUCUUGAAUGCUCGCAACUCGGCCGACGCCAGUGAGGAAAGUGUCGCACUCAAAUUUAUCAAUCGUGGAGUUUCUGCGGUUGUGGCUGUCUCUUAUGAAUUUAUGGCUAGUGCUGCGGGGUCUUUUAUGACGGGUUUCUACCGCUCACUAUUAAUAGACAGAUCUAGCUUCGCUGUGGCAGCGCAUGCUGGACGGGCAAAAAUGAUGAAGCAGAAAAUGAGAGAUUCUUCUUAUGGAAUUCGGGUACCUGUAGAGGAUCAUAUGGUCCCGGUAUUUUAUCAGCGCGGAGAGCUGGCCGCGAUUAACUGGGAUGUCAUGAGGAAACUGAACAUGAUUCUACUGACGAAUGGGCUCAAAGCUCCCAUGAAUCUAGUAGGUAGGGAACUGGACAUCUUGAGACUCGAGACACUGCUUCUUUGCGGGGAUGGCAUUGCUGCGGUUACAGGGAGGAGAAGAGUUGGUAAAACCGCUUUAUUAAAACAUUUGUGCUGGUGGUGGAAUAUUACUGGAUUAGUUAACCAUAGUCAGUAUAUAGAUCUUGAAGCAACACAAGAUACCUUCUGCGAAAUUUUACUCCUGCUCUACCGGGACGCCAUUGGCAUGCCAACAAUAUUGGAGAUGGAAAUGAUAGUAGUCCCAGACGCCCGCGAAACUGAUGCGUAUUGGCGGCUAGUAAACUGGUUGCAGUUGAACCACCAUCUGAUCGUUUUCGAUGGUGUCGAACAUUGGAAGCCAGAGAUUCCCGAAAAGGUCCAACCAGCCGAUCGUACCGGGCCGACCUUUUGGAAUGCCCAACGACGCGCUCUGGAGAGUUUUUUGGAGGAUGUUAGUGGUGGGGAAACGAUUGUGAUAGUCACAGCGGAGCUCAAUUCACCUUGGGUGGAUAUCAACCCGUACGCCCUAGAGGGAUUGUCACCAUAUUAUAUGGCGUCGCUACUACCGAUUGAAUUAGAAAAAUCCAAUGAAGAAACGGUCCUCGGACCAGGUGCGAACUUCAUGGAAUUUUAUGCUCAGCUUAUUGAGCUCUGCGAUGGUCUUCCAGGGGCCGUUACAGAAUUCUCGUGUAAGCUCCCCCUCAAUAUUAAGGAAAAUACUCCGGAAGAGGUAUACUGCAGAAGCCUCUUAGCGGUUCCCGCGGCUGCAGGUCGGUACAGCUCAGAUUGCGCGAGGGCUGAAUUUGUUCAGUCUUUAAUCCCUCCCAAUUCAGAUGAGGCUCCCCAUUCUGAUCUGAACCGUUUGAUAUAUAUCAUUGCUCCGUUCUGGGGACGUAUCCCGAAAAACAUCGACGACUACCUUAUUUUUAUCUGUUUUCAUGGAUACUUUAAUCGUGACGACCCUAAAACCCUCUGCCUGCCAAUACGGAGGUUUGACGCUAAAAACCCCCGCGAUCUGAGCCCGGAGGAGAUAAAAAGGGUAAUGGAACUUCUUGGCCGCUCCAAGAUACGCUCCGAAUACCAUCGCAUAACCUCCUCCCUGCAGGAAAAAGGCUAUCUCACAAAGGACAAAUUCAAGCCAGAUCAAUAUUAUAGGGUCAACCCAGUUUUGACGUUGGCGCUUCGUGGAGUGAUAUUCGGUGAUGGACACCUAAGUACUGUGGCACACGCGCGUGCGUGUCUCGCUGCAUUCUUGGACUACUACAAAAUACAAACCCUCAAGGAUAAUUGGGGUAGCCGUAUCCAGCUCGAGAAGACAAGCAUUUACUCCAUCAUGAUAACUCUCUCGUGUCUCCCGCCAACCCUUAGUGGGCUUUCAUUACUGCCCGUUAGGCCUAUGCUAUCUCUGAUAUCGACCUACCAGGCCGGGCGCGGUGGGAGCGAUUGGCAUAUCCUAGAUGCCAUCUCUGAAAUGUUGAUCAAUUUGUUCGACUCAUUCCUAGCGACAGAGCGGGAUAUCCCGUUGGAAGCCGUUUUCACCGCUUAUAAACUCGUCUUCCACUGCUCGAACUACCUCUGUUCCAGAUACAGGAAUGCAGACGGCGCGACAGAUAAGUUCAUCGAACAGGUCAAAAAAUCGAACGAGUACUCCAAGCUUUCCGAAGCAUUACCGGAAAGCCUCCGCGAAAACUUGCUCAUUGCGAACUUCAUGGCUGCCACAAUGAGCGCACAAGUUGCAGACGCGCACAGAGAACUUUUGCCGGGGGCCUUUGUGUACGAAACCAUGGGGGAUGUAUCCGGAGCCAACCGCGAAGCUCACAAACUUCUCGAGUCGGAUCCUAGAAUCGACUUCCAAGCUGAGGGUAACAGCGACGCAGCGCAGGAUUUCAGAAGAUUGCAGCACUUGCGGACACUUUCACUUGAGUUCGACAUGAAAAAUGUUCGCGGCUGGUCUAGCAAAACGGAGAAAGCCAAGGCGCAGAAAUCAAUAAAAGAAGUCUGCAAUGAGCUCCGGGGAUCAGCAGCAAAAUUGGGACUGGACCUUACGUAUAUCGACGGCUGGCUGGCCGUGCAUGAAGUAAGAGUGGGGGUCAUUACCCUCACUGAGACACUAAGCAAGCUAGCCAAAGCCGAAGCGAAUGACCCGAAAUACCUCCCCGGGUCCGCGAUCAUGGAAGCGGAGAUAAAGAGAGACAGCGGCGACAUUGCUAGUGCGAAGGAAAUUCUGCUCACAGCACUGGAGCAUUGCCGGGAAGGAGGUUCUGCGCAAGGGGAAUUAUUGUGCCACGGCCGAUUGCAAGAAAUCGCCUACCUCACCGGUCAAUGGGGCGACACGAUCACACACAACGAACGGAUGAUAGAGCUGGUGGAUAUUGUCUAUAGCCGCGAUACCAAGGAAAAGCGAAGAGCGGACAAAGCAGUACUGGCGGCCCAUUCUGCGCUUGCACACAUCCACCUCAGGCAGUGGGACGAAGCCAUUGAAUGUGUUCUGUACACGAUACGCAUCUGCCAGGAAGCGCCCGUCGACGACCCAAAUGCCUUCCUUCUUGACAGGGUCCAGGCCGAACAACUAGUCAUCCUAAGGUACCUCCGGUACCACCACCCGGACCAUGAAGACCUCCCUUCCUCGGCGGAAAUCAGGAGACAGCAACUUGCCCUCCAACGAAAGCUCGAUCCCGCGAUGGCAAAGAAGAUGGAUGAUCCAGCGGUGAGGAGGAUGGAGGAGAUUAAGACGCAACUUAGCCUCACCGUAGCGAUGAGCCCCAGGGCACAAUGGGCCGCUGGAAGGGAAAUAUGGGACAGCGAUGUGCCGAUGUACGACGACGGCAUACCGUUGCACACGAGGAACUGGGGUGUCACGGAGUGGUGGGAGGACAAAGAGGAGGAUGCGGAAGCAUUAGCUCUGGUGAAGGAGUAUCAUGAUUCCUUCCAGUACGAUCCUGAGUCUGCGCUGUUUGGCAUUAGUUUGGAUGAAUCGAAAGCAUUGGAAGGGCUGCUACCCGGGGUUUGAAGGGGAAAUUGAGUUAAAAUUGAAUCGAAGGAGGAGGGUUUUCCUUGCUGUGAAAGUUUGCUUUUUAGUUGACUAGUUAAAAUAUUAGCACGGUCAUUCUUUUACCCCCA